CAUGGAAUAACUCAGAGGUGAAUCUGGGCGCUUUAAAAAUGGCGGAUGCCGCCGUCGGUUAAAUUUCUUCGGACAUGAUGGCGGAAUCAAACGACGCUACGAAAACAUCUAUUACGGAAUCUGCGAAGUAUAAGGAGAGAAUUUAUGCUGUGGCAUUCCUGAGUGCUGUCACUGGCAUUUCUGCCCUUGCUGGUUUUUCCAGAGCAAUAGCAGCUGCCAGAAAACAAGAUCCAAAAUAUUUUGGCAAAGGAAUUUCCAGUGUUCAAGGACUCCAUGAAACUGGAGCCUCACUGGCACUAAGAGCCCUUGCUUGGGGUUCGUUUUAUGCCAUCACAGGAUGUAGCUUACUUUUCUAUGGAAUCUGGAAGAUUUCUGGAGCUACUAAUGCAGAAGAAUUUAGGUUUAAGAUGGGUUCUUUGCUACCAAGUAUACCCAAGAAUAAUCCACCACAAAGCAGGACAGAGUUUGAGGGUUUAAGAGAUCUGUUGACUUAUGUUUCUGAGGAUUGGGGCCAAAGCAAAGAGGAAUAAAAGAAGAAAUUCGAAUGCAUAUAUUUCAUCUUAUCUCUGACUGCUUGUACUGUUGAUAUCUGGUAACGUGUGAAUAACGUGAUUAUUCAAGGAUCGUAUGAUCACACAUGUGAGUCACAUGCAAUUUUAGCAUGCUAAAAAGUACAUUGCAUAAACGUUUAUAAAGUAUAAACGCAAGCAAAAUUAUAACUCGUAUAUUUAACUACAAGUUAAGAUGUUUGUAAAUUAUUGAUUAAAACUUAAGGAAAAUACUUUAUAUUCAUUAUAUAUGUAUAAUUAAUUUUAAGUUGAAUCAAUAAGUCAAAAUUUAAUUUUAAAUUUUUAGUUUGGUCAAUAAAUUAUAUAGAAUUAUAGCAAUGGAGAAAUAUGACAUUUUUUUCUUGCUAGUUCAACAGUUUUAUGAAAAAAAGAGACCAGAAGAAAAAAAGACACAAAAAGAAAGGAAUCCGAUGAAUUCUUAAAGAUAAUAUGACGUUAAUAUCUUAACAUCUCUUUUCCAAAAAGAAUAAACUCGCAAGUUGUCUGAAAAAGAUUAGUCACGUUAAAGAACGUGACAUGUUUAUUUAUGUUAACUGGAAUGUGUAAAGUACAAAGGUAAUCUUGAAAUGACAGAUUACAUAAGCAAUGACGACGUAACGUUAAGUAAUCUGCCAUACGCGGAAAAGUGCAGAACAUAUAGUUACCGAACCAUUCCCCAUACAUGCUUACGAACAAAAAAAUAACAAUUGCUUAAUUUUUCCGGGAGAUCGUAACUCAUCAAAAUUCUGAAUCACGAUUUAGGAACUGGAAUAGCACAAUAUGUACAUAAUAAAUACGCAUUUAUAAGCAGUUUUUUAACAAACAAUAUGUACUUCCGCAAUAAUAUUACGGUUAUAGUUAUAUGUGCGUCCAAUUUAAAAUACAAUGUUAGAAAAAAAUAUCUUACGCAUGAUUUUGGCAAACUUUUUUAAGUUUUUUUUCAAGAUGCCUUGAGCUUUAUAAUUAAAAAAAUUACAAAUUAA